UAAACCAUGGUGAAGGAAAGAACCGCUUGGUGGAUUUUGGAUCCUAAAGACCAUCUUUUACACAUCAAUGUGGGUGGCUUGAGACACACUCUAUGCUCAAGCAUUCUGAAGAAGUUUCCGGACACACGUCUUGGCCAACUCCUGUGUUGUGACUCUGAGGAUGACAUUCUACAGCUCUGUGAUGACUUUGAUGUUCAACGGAAAGAGUUUUACUUUGACCGUAACCCUGGCCUUUUCCCUUAUGUCCUGCACUUUUACCAGACUGGCAAGCUGCACAUUAUGGAAGAGCUAUGCAUUUUUUCCUUCUCUCAGGAAAUUGAAUACUGGGGCAUAAGUGAUUUUUUUCUAGACAGCUGCUGUAGUUACCGCUAUCUUGAUCGCAAACUGGAGAGACAUCAUAAAAGCUGGGAUGAAGAGAGUGAUGUUAGCAGUGUAGAUACAUCGGUUGAUGAAAUUUCUGAUCUGAACAAAGACAUCGAGCACUUCCAUGAAAUGCGUUUUGGAAACAUUCGGAAGUGUCUGUGGCUAACACUGGAAAAUCCUGGAUAUUCAAUCCCAAGCAAACUUUUCAGCUUGCUUUCCAUUUGUGUGGUGUUGAUUUCAAUUGCUACCAUGUGCAUCAAUAGCAUUCCAGAAUACCAGAAAUUUGAUGAAAACGAUAAUCUAAUUGAAGACCCAACUAUGCAUGUUUUAGAAGUGUUCUGCAUCUGCUGGUUUACCUUUGAAGUAGUAACACGUAUGCUUCUUGCUCCAAACCAUCGUAAAUUCUUCCUGCUACCACUUAAUGUGAUUGAUAUAAUCUCAGUCAUGCCAAUUUACAUCACAAUCUUUUUUGAUAUGCUCAUCGGAAGCGAGUCUGAGCUGGGCAACUUGGGAAAACUGGUCCAGGUGUUGCGGCUAAUGAGAAUCUUCAGGGUGCUGAAGUUGGCCAGGCAUUCAACAGGUUUAAGGUCUCUGGGUGCCACAUUACGGCACAGCUACCGAGAGGUUGGAAUCUUAUUGCUCUACCUGGCAGUGGGUGUAUCAGUGUUCUCCGGAAUGGCUUACACUGCAGAAAAUGAGGAAGAUGUUGGUUUGGACACAAUCCCAGCUUGCUGGUGGUGGGGGACAGUUAGCAUGACAACAGUGGGAUAUGGAGAUGUGGUGCCAGUGACAGUGGCGGGAAAGCUAGCAGCAUCUGGCUGCAUCCUGGGUGGCACAUUAGUUGUGGCGCUGCCCAUCACCAUCAUUUUUAACAAGUUUUCACAUUUUUACCGCAAACAGAAAGCUCUUGAGGCAUCAGUGAGAAACAACAAUAACAAGAGGUUUGUAAUGAGGCAACAGAGAAACAGCGAAGACAGUGCAGUACACGGGCAUAGCCACUGCUUGGAGGAUGAAGAGAUGGAUGAAGAUGUGGAUUUUGACAGAGGAGUUGUCAACUUUUGCUAUGAAGACCAUCCAUUUACAUAUACAGUCCGAUGUGUCCAUUAACCUAAGAAAAUCCAAGAAAAGUGAAUAGUACUUUAAUAUUAACUUUAAUAUUAACAAAGUCAUUAUCCUAUAUCAAACAUCAUAUUCUGACUGAAAAUCCAGAUGGCAAGUCAAUACAACAGAUGUUUCUCAAACAGAAUGCUGCAUUCUGAUGAUAUUAUGUCCUUCCUAGACAAGUCCUUACGAGUCUUCUAGGCUGCAUUAAACAACGAGAUCCGUAAGUCACCCGUAAACACUAAGAUAUCAUUCUAUUAUUUGAAUUUCUGUUAAUGUAAUACAAUAAAUAAAAACUGUCUGUGGUAUUCCAUUUGUUUACAGCUCCAGUUUUGGGGACCCAGAUACCCAUGCACAACUUGAAAUUUCACAAAUUCAUCUGCUCAUUAUGAUAACCAAAAUUGGAUUGCUGUCCUUGAAGAAGGCUCGACCCCAGGCUGUAGGGCUGUAGGCAGUUAAGGAUAAUAUCUUAUGCUGGUACAGCUCAGUGGCUGCUGCUUACAUUAUAUUUGUUCUUCUUAAUGUUGAUAAUGUUUGACAGGACUGAAUGAUUAGGCUUCUCCCAAACUCAGCUCUCUAUCUAGCGUAAGACUUACAGACAAUCAAGUGGGUAACUUAGGAAGAAAUUAAAAAUCGACAAAAUAUGGGUCCCCA